UUAAAAUGGCGGACGCAGCUGAUUGUUUUGAGUUAGAAAACUACGUUGUAAAAAAGGCCCCACCAAGAGCAUUCUACAUUCCGAAUUUCAUUUCAGAAGAGGAGGAGAAGUUUCUCUUGGAUCAGGUAAAUGGUGCUCCUAAGCCAAAAUGGACCAAGCUGUCGGGAAGGAGGCUUCAAAACUGGGGUGAGUAUGGGAUGGUGCUGGAAAAACUGCCAAGGUGGCUGGAAAAAUAUACAACUCAAGUUGGAUCCUUGCCAGUUUUUAACACUGUCACUCCAAAUCAUGUCCUUGUGAAUGAGUAUGAACCUGGUCAAGGAAUUAUGCCUCACGAAGAUGGUCCGUUGUUCUAUCCAGUGGUCUCAACAAUAAAUCUUGGAUCCCACACCUUUUUGGAUUUUUACCAUCCUUUGAAAAAGGCUUCAGAGAAAACAGAGGAGAAUGCUUCAUCAUCAAUGCUGAAUGAACGCUACUUUAUGUCACUUUUAUUGGAGCCCAGAAGCUUAUUCCUACUGACAGGAGACCUCUAUCACAAUUACUUACAUGGUAUUGCAGAGAGAACUUAUGAUGUUGUCACAGAUAAGGUGGCUAAUCUGGAUGCUUGUAAUAAUGCUACCCUUGGAGACAUUUUACAACGAAAUACAAGAAUUUCACUUACCAUAAGAAAUGUGCCAAAGAUUCUUAAAUUCAAGAUUAAUCUGGGGAGAUGACAAAAACUAUUUAUGAGUGACUGUUAUUAGAUUCCACAGUUCCUCAUGACUACUUGUGUAUACAUCUCCAAGUGGAUUACUCCUUGUUGGGAUUUUUUCAACUCCCUGUUCAGCUGAUUUUCAAAGAGACAAUAAACAACUAUUGAUAUAAGAAUAAUGGGAAAUCUGUAAAAAUUUAAAAAAUUUACUUGAAAAAAAAAAUGAAAACAAAGAUAAUCAGGACUGCAAAGACAAAAAGUCAGUAAAUUUAACCCUUUAACUCCUAAGAUCUGAUUGUUGAUUCUCCCUUCUAACUGCCACAAGUUUCCUUGUAAAUUAGUUAUGAGAAAAUGGUGUUAGAUCAGGAUAGUAGCUUCUACCUGAUAAGUUUGAGCAUUCUCAUUACCUGUUUGCUGAAUAAUGUAUGGAUAUUAUAGGGAGAAGUUUUAUGUUAAUCACUUCUGGAAGUUAAAGGGUCAAGUUUAUUUUUCAACUCCAUUCUAGCUAUGUGAUUUGUCAGCCUUUUUCUUUAUGUUUACCAAUCUUCAUACUGUAAACUAAGUUUAAUUUUUAUCUGCAUGCCAAAGUUACCACACUAUAAACUCUUCUAAAGAAAAUUCUAAUUUUACUUGGAGAAAGCAACGUAUAGUGCAUAAUUCUAUUUUGUAUGGAGGACAACUUGUGUCUUUGCACGUUUCCAUCCGUCAACCUGUAAAUGUCCAGUUGUAGUUCUGAAGAAAAUUGAAGUCCAA